CAGCUGAGAAGUGAUAGGCCUUACUUCCGUAUUGCAACCCAAACACACCACAACACACGCCCAACCUGUUGCACCGAAGUCAAGACAUACUUUUCGCUGCUCAACCUAGAAGGAAACAUGGAGAAUUACGACUACGGGAUGUUGCCUAACUUUGUGGAGAGGAAAGGCUCCCUCUAUCUGCGUUCAGAUCACAUGGACUACAGUCCGGUAACGCUCAACUCCAACUGGCACCAGGCACGAGAGGCCCAUCCCAAGGACUAUGAUGUGGUGAACAAACCUCCCAUGAAAAACAAGAUGCACCACUCCACCUACCGGAGGAUACUGGACGUUACAGAUGGAUCCUUCCCUCUGACCACCACCCAGUUCCAGAUGGGUCAGGUGAAACUGAAGAAGGAUUUUGAAGAGAAGGUGACCAGUAAACCCAUGGGUGACCUCGCCACCAUUAACCAUCUCAAUUUGGACAGGGACACAGGAGCCCCCACCAGUGGCUUUGGUGCCGUGCUACCCAGACAUCAGGCAGACUAUGGCAAAAGGCACUUGGAGACUACACACAGGGCUGACUACAAGGCCCCCUACCCAUACACACCUGUACCUGAGCAGCCCCCAGACUUCCCCGAUAACUCCGAAGCGUACAAGAAGUGCCACUCCCAGUUUACGGACACCGCCGACUACCGGCGCUGGGGCAUCAACACGUGGCAGGACGAGAGCGGGAUGUACGCCAACUCCGGCGCCAAGCACGAGAUCUUCAAACCAACCAACACCAUUCCCUCCCGACUAACGUGACCUGUUACCUAAACCUCUGACCUUUAACCUGAUCAUCAACAUAUCAUAUAUCAGUUCUUAUGUAUAGUGUUAUCUGUAUAUAUUAGGCUUUUAUGAACAUUUUACUGUCAGUAGUGGCAAACAGAGGACCACUUUGCACAGCUCUAUGCAAGUUUGAAACUUUUAAGUGUAUGUAGGACAUUAACCUCAAUGCUGCUAACAUUUAAGCUACAUAUAUAUGUAUAAGUGUAUACACAAUGUUGUGACAAGUGUAUUUUAUUACAGUCUGCAAAGCAUAUUCAUGUGCAGGUAGACUUUUGACAUAUUGACACAGUGGCAAAGUACAAACAAUACUGAUGUAUGAUACAAAAUGCUGCUGUUCAUUGUCAGGAAAUCCAGUAUUAUAGCACAGAAAGUGCUCACUGUCAGAAUAAGAUUGCUUUUAAAACAAUGGUAACGUUCGUUAGUAGACUGAGUUCCCAGUUUUUCAUCAGCACUACUUUUCACAAAUUGUGUCAGGAAAUCAAAGUUUCAUGUAGAUAUAGAAAAGACACACAGAUAUACAUUGUAUACUUCUUACCACCACUAACUAACGAGAAUAAUUGAAAAUUAUAAAGAUGGACUAUUA